ACAGCGUGCUUUAAGUCGAUAUUGCGCAGUAUAUACGCGUGCUUAGUAGUGCAGAAAAGGGAAGUAAAGUUAAACAGGGAAUAUUACAUUCAGAUAAAUAUCUUGUUUGUUGUUAUUGAAGGAUAUGAAAAUAUGAAAUAUUUCAUUACUGUGCUGUUACUACCUGUCCUUUGUAAAGGAGUUGAUGGCCUAUGUGAAACUACCGCUUUGGAACCAUGUCUCUUCAAGAACAACAGAGAAUUACCGUAUUCAAUCUACACAAGGCAUCCUUCAAUUGACUACUCCUCCGCAACGGAUGAUACCAAAUAUUGUGACCUAUUUGCACUUAGUCACGGUGUAUGGUACCGUAGUAGUUAUAACAUGACGAACUACUGCGUCGAUCACAGGAAAUGUGGGACUAAUGAUCCGAUAUAUCUAAAUGGUUCGUACGUUAAGUCCGCAUACUUAAUCUAAGAGUA